AUGCAAGUCAUCUGGCGAGACUCGGCGGAUAACGCCACCUAUGAAGAUGCCCGUGUUGGCCGGGUAUUCAACCGUCGUCGUCCAGAGCGCUUUCCAUUGGCAGUUGUGAAAGCCACGUGCCAGGAGGAUAUUGUGGCUGCCGUCAAAUUGGCCGCAGAGAAAAACUGCCGAGUCGCCGUUCGAUCUGGAGGGCAUUCGUGGGCGGCAUGGAGUGUGCGCGAUAACUCAAUUCUUAUUGACUUGGGCAACUACAAGACCCUGGAGAUCGAUGCCAUCAAUCGCAUUGCUCGAGCGUCGCCGAGUAUGACUGGCCGAGAACUGAACUCCGUUCUAGUUAAGGAUCAUCAGCUCAUGUUUCCCGGCGGUCAUUGUCCCGAUGUUGGCCUGGGAGGCUUCUUGCUCCAGGGGGAAUGGAAUUGGGGCUGGGCGUGUGAGAGAGUGCAAGCUGUCGAUGUGGUUACAGCAAAAGGAGAAUUGCUUCAUUGCAAUUCAGAGCAAAACGAGGAACUCUAUUGGGCAGCACGGGGAGCCGGUCCAGGAUUUCCUGGAGUGGUCACCAAGUUCCAUCUUCGCUUGAAUGCGUACCCUAAGCGGGGCUUCCGCUCUUCUGGUUAUGUAUACCCAAUCGAGAUGUUCCGAGAGGCUCUCAGCUGGGUCAUCUCAAUUUCGCCCGACUUCGACCAUGACACCGAGAUUGCGGCCAUCUCGCAUUACCCCGAUGGCGACGACAAGAUACGCCUGUUCAUUCUGUUCGUUACUAUGAAAGAUAAGCCUCAUGAAGCAGAGCAGGCUCUCCGACCUGCUCAAGAGACGCGACCCACUGGUUGCGUAGAGGAAUGGUUCUGCAAGGAGGACAGCCUCGAGGAGCAAUACAACAGUCAGGGAAAAUCGAACCCAGAGAAGCACCGCUAUUGUGCGGACAAUGCAUACCUCAAGGAUGAUGCCGAUGUCCCUGCCGUGUUGGAAGAAGCGUUCACAACUCUUCCGCACCGCAAGUCCUUUGCGCUGUGGUACGCGAUGAAUCCUUGCAGCCGGAGAACACUCCCUGACAUGGCGCUGAGCAUGCACUCUGACCAUUACUUUGCCCUAUACACAAUCUGGGAGGAGGAGCAUGAUGAUCGCCGCUGCCAGGCAUGGGUGAGAAAUAUGAUGAAGGGGGUUGAGCCACAAGCAGUCGGUGCUUAUCUUGGGGAUUCGGACUUUCAGGUGCGCAAGACCAAGUUUUGGGCGGAUAACAACGCGAGGCGAUUGAUGGAAAUCCGCCGCAAGUGGGACCCACAGGGGAGAAUCUGUGGCUAUUUGGACGAGGGAGACCUGUCUGGUACUCAAGGACUGGAUAAUGUGAACCAGUGGAAGAUGUGA